UUUGUGCCAUCUCUAAAAGCAAGCCAAGAAUGCCGAGUCAUAAGUAAAAAUAAAAUUACCUCGAAAAGUAAAGGGAACAACACAGAAAUAUCGAGUAAAAACACAUUGAAAGAGACGCAGACAAAAUGACGGUGACCAAUCGAAUGGAAAUCGAGUCGGCCUACCAAAAAGGCGAAGGAUUCCGGUCUUACUACAUCCAGAAGAUCGAGGAACUCCAACUGGUUGUGGCCGAGAAGAGCCAAAACUUGAGGCGCCUCCAGGCCCAGCGAAAUGAGCUCAACGCCAAAGUUCGCAUGUUGCGCGAGGAGCUGCAGCUGCUCCAGGAACAGGGCAGCUAUGUUGGCGAGGUUGUGAAGCCGAUGGACAAGAAGAAAGUGCUUGUCAAAGUGCAUCCCGAGGGCAAGUUUGUCGUUGAUCUGGACAAGAACAUUGACAUCAACGAUGUGACCCCCAAUUGCCGUGUGGCGCUGCGCAACGAGAGCUAUACUCUACACAAAAUUCUGCCCAACAAGGUGGAUCCGUUGGUCUCGCUGAUGAUGGUUGAAAAAGUGCCCGACUCCACAUACGAAAUGGUUGGCGGAUUAGAUAAGCAGAUAAAGGAGAUCAAAGAGGUGAUUGAGUUGCCCGUCAAGCACCCCGAGCUGUUCGAUGCAUUGGGUAUUGCCCAGCCAAAGGGCGUUCUGCUCUAUGGUCCUCCGGGUACAGGAAAAACUCUGCUGGCCAGGGCCGUUGCCCAUCACACCGAGUGCACCUUCAUCCGUGUAUCCGGCUCUGAGCUGGUCCAAAAAUUCAUUGGCGAGGGCUCGCGAAUGGUGCGUGAACUGUUCGUGAUGGCCCGCGAGCAUGCGCCUUCGAUUAUCUUCAUGGAUGAAAUCGAUUCCAUUGGCUCGUCGCGUAUUGAAUCGGGAUCCGGUGGUGAUUCCGAGGUGCAGCGUACUAUGCUGGAGUUGCUCAACCAACUGGAUGGAUUCGAGGCCACCAAGAACAUUAAGGUGAUCAUGGCCACCAAUCGCAUUGACAUCCUAGAUCCAGCUCUAUUGCGUCCGGGUCGUAUUGAUCGUAAGAUCGAGUUCCCGCCACCAAACGAGGAGGCGCGUCUGGACAUCCUAAAGAUUCACUCUCGUAAGAUGAACCUCACGCGUGGCAUCAACCUGCGCAAGAUCGCCGAACUGAUGCCGGGCGCAUCGGGUGCGGAGGUUAAGGGCGUCUGCACGGAAGCCGGAAUGUAUGCGCUUCGCGAGCGUCGUGUCCAUGUUACCCAGGAGGACUUCGAGAUGGCCGUAGCCAAGGUGAUGCAGAAAGACUCGGAGAAGAACAUGUCUAUCAAGAAGCUGUGGAAGUAGGCCCUCCUCAUCCACUGCAGAAGUAAAUCUUAUUUCAUUGUCAAUAAAUAUAUCAGUUAGGAAGAUAAA